CAGUGGGCAAAACAGGAAGUCUCUGCUUUGCUACACAUGACGCCGGCCUGGCUUCCAGGAAAGGAAAGUGAAAGUACUUGGGCUGAUCCUACAGAGCUGCCUCGGAGUCUGCAGCCUCCCUCUACCUCCGGAAACUGGUGUGUGGCCCACCUCAUCCUGUCUGAUCACCAACAUAAUCAACAUAUGUGAUGUUCUUUGAGAGGCCCAGGUGAUCCAGAUAUCUUUGGACUGUGUUAUGACAAAGGACAGGUGCCACACCUGAGGGGCUGACAGAUGGGCAGACUUUCUUGUCACAGCUCCGGGAAAGGACAGAGGAAGUAAAAAUCUAAGCAAGAGUGAUCUGGGGCUGGCUCCAUGGUCUAAGAAGAAGAUGGCAAGUGCAGGCAGCUCCUCUAACUGCAGAAUGAUCACAGGGGAGCAGAACCCAGAGGAGCAGCGCCCAGUGGAGCAGCUCUGCUAUGAGUUUGUAUUCAGGCUUUUCAAAGAAAAUAAGGUGGAGAUCGCAAAUGCCAUACCAAAGCCAUUUCCUUUCCUCAUGGGCCUGCGAGAUCGAGACUUCAUCUCUGAGUCAAUGUACGAGCAUUUUCAAGAAGCUUGUAGAAAUCUGGUCCCGGUGGAAAGAGUGAUGUAUGAAGUUCUCAGUGAGCUGGAGAAGAAAUUUGACAAGACGGUUCUGGAAGCCCUGUUCAGCCAGGUUAACCUGAAGGCCUAUCCUGAUUUACUUCAGAUUCGUAAUAGCUUCCAAAACGCGAUUUGUGACAACUUCUAUUACCAAACCAUUGAUGAAGGAGAGACAAAGGAGAUGCUCAACUCACAAUUAAACCAUGAACAAGUGUCCUUGGAAUACUCACCUCUCCAAACGAACAGUGUAAGAGGAUUUGAAGGUAUGCCCAGACUACUGACAUAUAAUAGGCAAGAGAUCAGCAAUACCUGGGAUGAAGAAUGGCCCCAGGAAGCCUCGAGCUUUUCACCAAGGUAUAUGCCAGGUUCCUCUGAGCACAAAUCUCUCCAAAGGACCAGCAAAGGCAAUCCUGCAGAGAUGCCCAGACUGCAGCCAGAGGAUAACAAUGCCUGUUAUGUGAUCUGUAAUGAAGAAGAGCCCCAGGAAACCCCGAGCUCCCCACCAAGAUAUGAACCAGUGACCUGUGAUCCCAAAGCUCCCCAAAUACCUCCUGAAGGAAAAGCCGAGGAGGUGCUCAGCCUACUACCUGCAGAGGGAGGAGAGGAUAACAAUGCCUGUUAUGUGAUCCGUGAGAAAGAAGAGCCCCAGGAAGCCCCGAGCUCCCCACCAAGAUAUGAGCCAGUAUCAUGUGAUCCUGAAGCUUCCCAAAUGACUGACAUAGAAGAACAAGACGAGCUGCCCAGUCAACCACUAUAUGAUGGAGAAGGAACAGAGCUACCAACGUUUGGAAAUAAGUGCUCCUGUGUGAUGUGCUUCUCUAAAGAUGUGCCCAGAAGUCCAGAAGGAAGAACUGAAAGUACGCAAGCUGAUGACAUGAUAGAUACGGCGGAUCUUGGGAACAACUCUACUGUGAGAAAACUCAAGAGGAGAAGAAAAAAAAAGAAAGGUCGUUCCUGGACAAGAAUAAAAGCAAAAUCGAGAAACAUACGUCGAAAAGCCCCAGACAACAGCAAAACUGAUGACCAGCCAGCCCCAAGUAAAAAGGUGGUGAAAAUGCGCCUGCAGGACCCUGCCAAGAUCAGGAGGAAAAAGAGAGGCAGACCUAGACUCCACUUUACUAAUAAUGACAGAACCCCACAGAGAAGAGCUAGGUCAAGAGGGAAAAGAAGGUACAGAUAUGAACAUGUGAAUUUUCACUCUCAGAUAAUUCCUGUGACCUGUGGUAAGGUGAAGGGGAAGUUAUACAAGAAGAAAUUGAAAGAAGGAGUCUGGGUGAAGUGUAUACAGAGUGAGAACGGAGACUGGUUCACCCCCAGGGAAUUUGAAAUCAGAGGCGGCCACGAAAGAUCAAAGAAUUGGAAGUUAAGUGUUCGCUGUGGAGGGAGGCCCCUGCGAUGGCUGAUGGAGAGAAGACUUCUCCAUAAUCCUCCAAGGAAAUAUUACGGGGGAAGAAAGAAAAGAGGACUGAAGUCUCACAACACCUUAGAUGACCUUUGUCUGGGAAACUCAGAUGAGUGUGAGACCUGCCGGGAUGGAGGGAAGCUGUUCUGCUGUGACACUUGUUCGAGGUCUUUUCACGAGGACUGUCACAUCCCGCCGGUGGAAACUGAGAAGAGCCCGUGGAGUUGCACCUUCUGCAGGAUGACAGAGUCUUCAGGAAACCAGCAGGGUCUCAAGGAAUCUGAGGUCCUGGCGAGGCCGAUGCAGCCAGAGGAGCAGCUGAAAUGUGAGUUCCUCCUCUUGAAGGUCUAUUGCCAUUCAGAGAGUACCUUUUUUUCGAAGAUUCCAUAUUAUUAUUAUAUUAAAGAGGCUUCUAAAAACCUCAAGGAACCCAUGUGGUUGGACAAGAUCAAGAAGAGGCUGAAUGAGCAGGGCUACUCCCACGUGGAAGGGUUUGUGCAGGACAUGCGUCUCAUCUUUCAGAACCACAGGGCCUCUUACAAGUUCCAUGACUUUGGCCGAAUGGGACUUAGACUGGAGGCAGAAUUUGAGAAGAAUUUCAAGGAAGUGUUUGCUCUUCAGGAAACAAAUGAGGACAGUUGUCUGGAAUAGUGGAUGUUGUUGGUGUCCUGGAAAUUCCCCUUUAGGCCAAAUAUCUCAUUCCCCAGAUGCAUGAAGCAUUGGCUGCUGAUGCCACCCCUCCCCAGAGCACUGCCUUCAGCCAAGUGGAGCCAACGUCACCUGGAGGUUACACAGCCUUGGCCUGGGGGCCGGCCUCCAGUCGACCCAACCUUCAUGCUCUGUGCAUCCUAUGGGAUCAGGCUGAAGCCUGUCUGAAUAUAUCCAUCCUUAGCUUUUUGCUUAAUACCAUCCUGCUUCCCUCAUCCCUUUCUAGCAAAGAAACACAAAAUAAAUUACUUAAGUAAGAGA